CUAUUAUACUUUGGGUUUAAAGUUAUUUUAAGUAGUUUCAUAGUUUCAGAAGGUGUAGCGUAUUGAUUUCAUGCAUGAAAAUCGUUUACUUAUCAAAACAACUGGUAGUUGAGAAAUGCUCAAACUCCUAGGAAUAGUUACCGUUUUGUAUGUGUGUUACCAUGAAAUUGAUGCAGGUACGACGGCGGUUUCAUCCGUGUCUUGUGGAAACUGCAGUGCUACAAACUACACUACAAACUACACAACGGUAGACAAAUUAGAGUUUUGGGUGCCAACAACACCUGCUAGAAGAUUCCACAGAAAGAGACCCGUUUCUUCCGAAAGCAACAGUCGCAUACGCUUGCGAGCGAAACACAUACAUGAAAAGUCUACAGAGGGGAUUCAAUCGAAUGAACAAGAGGUAGAACCUAGGCAUGACAUGGAAAGUGAUUCGAAACGUUCCGCUCAUAAAACUAAUGAGAAUAAAAGUCACAAUAAGCAUGAUGUUAAGAAGCACAAUAAUGCAGAUACUAAUAAGAAUCUUAACAGUAAGAAACCUGAAAGUAAAGAAAAAAAACAUAAGAAUCAUGAAACUGAGAAAAAUAAAUUACAUAAAACGGAAGAUAGCCAUACGAAAAGCAAAAAACACAAAGAAGAAGACCAUAAGAAUGAAAAAACCAAACAUGAUACGGAAAAAAAGAAUAAAGAAAAAAAAGCUGAUUCGAAACAUUCUAAGAAUAAACAAGAAAGUGAUGACGUACAAGUAAAACACAAGUCUAAGGCUCAAAUAAGGGAAGAUCGUACAAAUUCCGCUAAGGAUGACCACAGGGUGGGAGGACCCUUGAGAAUGAAGAAGCACCACCGAGAAAUGAAGCAAGGCAGAGAACCUGACAGGUCACACUCACACGUGCGGGAGCGUAAAACGAAUCAUAAAAAAGAUGAACAUGCUCAUAUCAGAUCAACGAGACUAGUUCCACUUUCACUGAUGCAGCAAGAAGACGAUCCGGGUGCUGCAGGGGCGGGAGGAGACGCGGGAGGGGCGGGAGGGGGUGGUCACAGACCUCCAGCACAAGACCAUCGUCCAUCCUUGCUCAGUCCGUAUUCCGUAAUGAGUCAAUUGAAACAAAUAUUCGAUGAGUUUCCUUCAGCCAACGCAACGUUCGAGACCGUAGGUCGAACUGCAGAAUACAAUGAUAUAGUCAUUAUUAAAAUCAGCCAAACAAAACGCGAUUCUGAUACAUAUUUCCGAGCCGAGGAAAGUAAGUACAUUGAUGAGGUUCCGGAAAAAAAGAUACUUUUCAUAGUUCACGGCCUGGUCGUGAUGGGAAUAAGAAACACGCCGGCUCUGGUUGAAGUGGAGAAAUUUACAACGCUACUGGGUUAUUACUUGAAACAUUUAGACAAGUUCGAUAUAUUCUUAAUACCUAUGGCGAAUCCUGACGGGUACUCCCAUAGUCAUGCUUCUCAUCCUCUGUACCAAGCUUCGCAUGGGAUGUGGAACAAAAAUAUGUCUCCCCAAGAAGCUUGUCCUGGGGUCGCGUUAGACCGUAAUUUCGACGUGGCUUGGAAUGCGACGCGGCUGGUCAGCUCAUGCAGUCCGUUAUACCCUGGCCCCUCGCCCUUCUCUGAGGUUGAAUCGAAAGCCAUUCGGGACAUCUUCCACUACUUCGGACAUAAGAUUUUGGCGUAUAUCCACGUGCAUGCUAGCAGCUAUAGUGGAAGCGUUUUUAAAGGCGAUGCCAUAUUGUUUCCGAGAGGCUACACGGAACAGCAAUCAGAUGACGACAAGUACAUCGACUUGCGAGGAGAGAUUGAUGAAGCGAUGAAAAACGGCAGCUUCCAAGUAAUGUCUGUAGCAGUUGAAACUCUGUACAACUGGUACGGGAAGGUGACAGGAUCAAGUGUCGACUACGCAUCUACGGUGUAUGGUAUCCCCUUCGCCUUAGAAUUCGCAAUACAACCGUACGCCGACUCGGACCGGUAUAUGAACAACCUCGCACUUACAAGGAUAUGGAGUAGAGUUAUAGACACCACCUUCAACUUUAUCCACAAGAGCUUACAUUCCAAUGAUGUAAGAAGAAAAUGACCUGAUUAUAUGUAGCUGAAGCCUUGUUUUAAUAAUUAUCAAUUAUAAUUUAAAUAAUCUAGCAUAAAUUACUGACUGUGCUUGAGGGAAUUAUUUCG